AUGGUAUCAGAGCAGUUUGUUCCUAUAGAUCCUGAAAGACGGACUGAUCAUGUUUCUGUGCAUUCUCUGAACCAGAUGUUGACUCGCGGACGCGGUCGCAGCUAUGCAAGCGACAACCGAGGCACUAGGGGAACCUCAAAUCCCACUGAUGCAAAUAAUUGGAUUCAGGCUAUAGAACGGGCGUUGCAAGCUCAACAGGUUCCUGAAGAGCAAUGGGUUGAAUUUGGAACUUAUCAGCUGCAUAGUGAGGCUCAGUAUUGGUGGCAGGGAACACGACGUAUCCUGCAGCCUUAUGGUGCUGCGAUUCCUUGGGAGGUUUUCCGAACAGAGUUUUAUAAGAAAUACUUUCCUAAUUCAGUCAAAAAUGCCAAGGAACUUGAAUUGAUGCAAUUAAAGCAGGGCCAAAUGACUGUUACUGAGUAUACUAACAGGGUGGUUGAGGAAUAUGUGAAAAAGGUGGCAGUAGAGAAAGGAAGUCUAAGGGUACCUUUCCAGAGGCCUUCAGGGAGGAACUUUGCUCCGAGAGGUAGAAAUUUCAAGCGUGGAGGUUUUGUUCUGCAGCAGAAUCAAGGUCAGGGUAAUUACAAAAUGUUGAAUACUAAUGUUAAUCAAGGGAGAAGGUUUGGAAUGCAGCCACAGCAGGAUUUAAACUGUCAUAGGUGUGAAAAGUAUCAUCCUAGAGUUCCGUGCAAAUCAGGACUUGGGGUAUGUUAUUUUUGUGGACAGCCCGGGCAUUUGGCCAAUAAUUGUCCGGAGAAGAAAAAGUAUGAGAUUGGUAGGGCACAACAGCUAGAGAGAGUAUAUAUUACUUCUGCAGCAGGUACUGAGGGAUCUGAGACACUUAUUAGAGGAGCAUCUCAUUCCUUUAUUGCAUUUGAAAAGGCUAAUGAAUUAAGAUUGAGGAUGGUGGUUUUAGGUUAUGAUUUGAAAGUGCAUAAUGCUACUCAUGAGGCUAUGGUGACUAGGUUAGGAUGUCCACAAGUUCCAUUUCGAAUACAGCAACGUAAAUUUGUGCAUGAUUUAAUUUAUUUGCCGAUGAUUGGUCUUGAUCUCAUUUUGGGAUUGGAUUGGUUAUCUAAGAAUCAUGAUUUGCUUGACUGUUCUGAAAAGUCAGGUAUUAUGUUAUUAACUGCGGGAGUAUCAGGUGAUGAUAAGAGUUUAGAGCAGAUUCCGGUUGUAUGUGAAUUUCCAGAUGAUAUUAAUGAAUUCUCACCUAACCGGGAGGUUGAAUUCGUAAUUGAGUUGGUGCCUGGAGCUGGUCCAAUUCCGAUUACUCCGUACAGGAUGUCACCUUUAGAAAUGGUUGAACUGAAGGCUCAGCUGGAAGAUCUGUUGAGUAAGUACUUUAUUCGACCAAGUGUUUCUCCGUGGGGAGCGCUAGUGUUAUUGAUAAAGAAAAAGGACGGAAGUAUGCACUUGUGUGUUGAUUAUCGGCAAUUGAAUAAGAUUACUAUAAGUGUUAGAGAUGAAGAUAUUCUGAAAACUGCUUUCAAGAUAUGUUAUGGUCAUUAUGAGUAUACGGUGAUGUCUUUUGGAUUGACUAAUGCUCCAGUAGUAUUCAUCAAUUAUAUGAACAGGAUUUUCCGGCCGUACCUGGACAAGAAGUUAUACGCUAAGUUAUCUAAAUGCGAGUUCUGGAAGAGUGAGGUGAAAUUUCUUGGUCACGUAGUGAGCAAGCAAGGAAUAGCUGUGGAUCCUGCUAAGCUCACCUUACCUUUAAAUAAGCUGACUAGGAAGGAUACGCCUUUUGUCUGGACUUCAGAGUGUGAAGAGAGUUUUCAAAUAUUGAAGCAAAGGUUGACUACUGCACCCGUGUUGGUAUUGCCUAAGCUAAGUGAACCGUUUGAAGUGUACUGUAAUGCAUCAUUAAAGGGUUUGGGGUGCGUUCUGAUGCAGCACCAGAAUGUUGUAGCAUACGCCUCAUGGCAAUUAAGGCUGCAUGAGAUGAACUAUCUGACUCACGAUUUAGAACUUGCUACUAUUGUGUUUGCUCUGAAAAUCUGGAGGCAUUAUCUCUAUGGUGUCAAGUUCCACGUCUUCUCAGACCAUAAGAGAAAAGCGAACGUUGUAGCGGAUGCCCUGAGUCGAAAGUCUUUGUAUGCAGCUUGGAUGAUGCUACGAGAAGAAAAGUUAUUAAAGGAAUUUCAAGGUUUAAACCUGGGAAUUAGAGAAGAAUAUAGAAUUCUGUGUUUGAGUCAGUUGCAGAUUUCAAGUGAUUUUAAAUCAGAACUACUGAAGGCUCAUCAAGAUGGUGAAGCGUUACAUAAGGUUCUGAGGAGCCUUUCAGCGUGCAUUUGGGACUCAGUUGAGUUUGAGUAUCGCGUAUCACCCUCAGACAGAUGGUCAAUCAGAGAUAACUAUUCAAACAUUGGAAGAUAUAUUAAGGGCUUGUGUCUUGGACCAGCCGGCGAGCUAGGACCGAUAAAGAAGAUUAGUAGCUGA